UUUUACGACUUUUUGUCGAAUUCAGACGUGUUUCAAAUUUUCUCUUAAGGAAAUUAAUUAAAAAGCUGUAAAAUGACCGAAACUUUGCAAUUAAAAGGAACACUUAUUGGACAUUCAGGAUGGGUAACUCAAAUUGCCACGAAUCCAAAAUAUCCUGAUAUGAUUUUAUCAUCAUCAAGAGAUAAAACUUUGAUCGUAUGGCGUUUAUUGCGCGAAGCUAAUUGCUACGGAAUUCCACAGAAACGUUUAUACGGUCAUAGCCACUUCAUUAGUGAUGUUGUUCUUUCAUCCGAUGGAAAUUAUGCUCUUUCUGGAUCAUGGGAUAAAACUUUGAGAUUGUGGGAUUUGGCUGCAGGAAAAUCAACUCGUCGUUUUGAAGACCAUACAAAGGAUGUCCUUUCCGUCGCAUUUUCAGCUGACAACCGUCAAAUUGUUUCUGGAUCUAGAGAUAAGACAAUAAAGUUGUGGAAUACAUUAGCUGAAUGCAAGUAUACAAUCCAAGAAGAUGGACACAGCGAUUGGGUUUCAUGCGUCCGUUUUUCGCCAAAUCAAGUCAAUCCAAUUAUUGUCAGCGCUGGUUGGGAUCGUACUGUCAAAGUAUGGAAUCUUGCAAAUUGCAAAUUGAAGCUGAAUCAUUAUGGACAUAAUGGAUAUUUGAAUACAGUUACAGUUUCUCCUGAUGGUUCAUUGUGCACUUCAGGCGGUAAAGACUGCAAAGCAUUGUUGUGGGAUUUGAAUGACGGAAAGCAUUUGCAUACUUUGGAUCAUAAUGACAUCAUCAAUGCUUUAUGCUUCUCUCCAAACCGUUAUUGGUUGUGUGUUGCAUAUGGUUCUAGCAUUAAAAUUUGGGAUUUGGCAUGCAAGAAGAUGGUUGAAGAACUGAGACCAGGAGUUUCAACAAACGACUCUUCAAAAGCCGAUCCACCACAAUGCUUAUCUCUUGCAUGGUCUACAGAUGGACAAACAUUAUUUGCAGGAUACAGCGACAACAAGAUCCGCGUUUGGCAAGUUUCUGUAACAGCCCGCUAAUUACUGUUCCAAAAAAUCAAUCAAUCCAUUCGAUUUUGAAUAAUAAAAAAUCCAAAAAAUAUUUUGGAUGAUUUAAGAAUUAAAAAAAAUAUAGGGUAUUC